GGUAUCGAAUUCACUAUUCAUGACCAUUCCAUUCGAUCAUUGUACACGAGUGUAUUGAAAAAUGUACCGCGAGCAACUCUUGAUUUUCGUAACAUUUAUUGCCACCACUCUAUCUGCAAAUGUAGUAUGGUUACCCAACAUAAAUUUCAACUUACCAAUAAAUUUUAAUGAUGGGAAGAUACCUUGUUCCAAAAAAACAGUAGUAUUUCCUGAAACUAUGGAAGAGAGUGUUCUAAUUGGGCCUGGAACAUCAGUGGCUGGAUUCAUAUUGCCAGAAAAUGGAGAAAUAUUUUUGGCUGAAGGGGAAAUCGGAUUGGGACCAACUGAAGAUAUGGACUGCACAAGUGGCAACGUUUACUACAUGGAGAAGGCAGUAGCAUCGUGGGCUCAACCUGAUGUUUGGGUGUCUCUAAGAAUGAAUGAUGCAACACCUGAUGCGGAAAGAGUGCCUUGUUUCGACGACAUCGUGGAAUUCCCCGAAAAUAGUACCUUCACUAUAUUGUUACCAGAUGUCAAACAAAAAGUUCAAGCAAUCAAAGUGGGUGGAGAGACAAUUUACAACAAUUUUAAAGAAUACGUUUUAAGGGAACCGAACGACGCUCAGGAGUUUAUCCUUAAUCAAUUUCACGAUACUGGCAUUGUGAUAGGAAAUUAUUUCAAAUGCAAUUCGCGAUCUGGUUGUCCAUGUCAAACGAAUACUCUAAAGAUUGAUUGUUCCACAAAAUAUUGUGAAAAACCAACUUGUGUAGACCCGAUUAAGCCAAUUGGACACUGUUGCAAAAUUUGUGGAGGUGCCAUAGACUUUGAUAUUGAUGAAACGUUUGACAUCAUGAAUUUUCAGGAACUAGUAGAGAAGGUUGUCGACUCUUAUGGCAAAGAUAAGUUGGUUUACCACAUAGGAAGGCUCGUGGAUGAUAAAGUGCAAGUUGUUGUAAUUGAUAAGAAUGGAUAUGAUCAGACUAGUGCGCAAGUAGUGAGUGCUAUAUCUUACAAUAUGGAGAGGAAUUUGAGGCAUGAGAUGCAAGUGAGCGGCAGCCCCCUUUCUAAAGCAGGUCUUGGAGGGAAGUUGUUUGUUUCUAUGUUCUUCGCUGUUGUUAUGGUGAUGGCUGGUAUUUACGUGUAUUAUUAUAAAGUAUCACAGAUUAACUAUCCCAAUAUAAUGAGUCGUAGCCAAGCUAGUAUGUUCUCGAGGUUCAAUCGGAGAACUGAGAGUGUGGUAUCUUUAACAAGAAGAGAUUCUUCAGCUCCGAUUGGUGUCAGCACUGCUACCGCAUUUAGAAAUCCCUUGUACGAUUCUAAAAGAGGGCGUGUUUUAGUACAAGAAUCAGUUAUCGAAGAAUGAUAAUUACUUGUAUUGUCUGUAUCUUAUUUCAAAUUAAAGAAAUUUCUCCUAACAUUUAUUUUUUGGUUAUUAAAAUUCUGUUAAACUUA